UGACGACAGAAGCAGGGGGCGGAGACCCAAGAUGGCGGCUAUGGUUUUGGCGACGGCGCGGCUGCUGCUGCUGCGCGGCUCCGGCUCGUGGCGCCGCUCGCGGCUGAGGUCCGGAGCUGCCCCACACAGACAGUUCAGUAGUGGCAGUGCCUACCCCAGCACCCCGCUCUCAUCCCCCUUACCGGGAGUGCCUGAGCCUGUUUUUGCCACAGUCGAUGGACAGGAAAAGUUUGAAACCAAAGUCACCACGCUGGAUAAUGGGCUUCGCGUGGCCUCCCAAAACAAGUUCGGACAAUUUUGUACAGUAGGAAUUCUUAUUAAUUCAGGAUCAAGAUACGAAGCAAAAUAUCUUAGUGGAAUUGCUCACUUUUUGGAAAAAUUGGCAUUUUCGUCGACGGAUCGAUUUAACAGCAAAGAUGAAAUCCUGCUUACGUUGGAAAAGCACGGGGGUAUUUGUGACUGCCAGACAUCAAGGGACACCACCAUGUAUGCUGUGUCUGCUGACUCUAAAGGCCUGGACACGGUGGUUGGGUUGCUGGCUGACGUGGUCCUGCACCCCAGGUUCACAGAUGAAGAAAUUGAGAUGACCCGAAUGGCUGUCCAGUUUGAGCUGGAGGACCUUGACAUGCGGCCUGACCCAGAACCGCUUCUCACGGAGAUGAUUCAUGAGGCUGCUUAUCGGGAAAACACAGUUGGCCUGCACCGUUUCUGCCCCACAGAAAACAUAGCAAAGAUUGAUCGAGAAGUGCUUCAUUCAUACCUGAGAAACUACUACACCCCCGACCGCAUGGUGCUGGCUGGAGUCGGGGUGGAGCAUGAGCACCUGGUGGAAUGUGCCAGAAAGUACCUCCUGGGAACCCGACCAGCCUGGGGAUGUGAGAGGGCUGUGGACGUUGACAGAUCGGUAGCACAGUACACUGGGGGGGUUGUCAAGCUGGAAAGAGACAUGUCCAACGUCAGUCUGGGCCCUGCCCCGUUCCCUGAGCUCACGCACAUCAUGAUAGGACUGGAGAGCUGUUCCUUUUUGGAGGAAGAUUUCAUCCCCUUCGCCGUCCUGAACAUGAUGAUGGGGGGUGGCGGCUCCUUCUCAGCCGGUGGGCCUGGCAAAGGCAUGUUUACCAGGCUCUACCUUAACGUGCUCAACAGGCACCACUGGAUGUACAACGCGACCUCGUACCACCACAGCUAUGAGGAUACGGGCCUCCUGUGCGUGCACGCCAGUGCCGACCCCAGGCAGGUUCGAGAAAUGGUGGAAAUCCUCACGAAGGAAUUUAUUUUAAUGGCUGGAACUGUGGAUGUGGUGGAGCUGGAGCGGGCCAAGACGCAGCUGAUGUCCAUGCUCAUGAUGAACCUGGAGUCCAGGCCUGUGAUCUUUGAGGACGUAGGGAGACAGGUGCUGGCGACCCGUUCCAGGAAGCUGCCUCACGAGCUGUGCGCCCUCAUCCGCAGCGUGAAGCCGGAAGACAUCCGGAGAGUUGCCUCUCAGAUGCUUCGCAGGAAGCCCGCAGUGGCGGCCCUGGGUGAUCUGAGCGACCUGCCAGCCUACGAGCACAUCCAGGCGGCGUUGUCCAGCAGAGACGGGCGCCUGCCCAGGAUCUACCGGCUCUUCCGCUAGAGGCGGCUGGACACGCGGCCCAACUGCGGCUGCAGGAGCCACGUGUGUUCA